ACACCACACAGACCUCUCGGUCUUCCGGUCUGUUACGGAUGUUGUGUUUGGAUACACCAGGACCCCACAACAGACCACCACGAGAAGCAUAAGCAGAUGUAUAACAUACGAUAAAUAAUUACACGACACUGAUAUUCAUACAGUAGCAACGCUCUGAGAUUAAUGGACAUACUCGUAAAAGCCAAUAAAUGACCGCGCGCGAGCCAGGGAUUAAGCGCGCAGACCACAUCGGCAUUUCAUAAGAGCAUUAUACCUCGAAUAAAUCAUUUGGGUACCAUGGAUGGCGAGUUACCAACAUGGAAUAAACAUGGAAGUCAUAACAGCAGGAUUCCCUAUAAGACUGGAGGGGAACGCCAGCAGGUAGGUUACAGUAAUUCUAUUUCUGUACAUUAUGAUAAAGUAAUGACAGAGGAAAAUCAUGGUGAAAGAGCAGAAGAGUUCUCUCACAGUACCUGGCUCCGAACACAGUCAAAGGGGCAUGACAUGAUAGGAGACAGCUUUGCUGCUGGAGAACAAAUGACGUCACUGUCGUCUUGUAUGAACGGUGCAUUUAAGGCUUUGUUACCAGAUUACCAUGGAACUUCUUCAGCAAUGUCAGCAAACUCCGAUAAAUACUCCUUUUCUCCUGAUAAUCAUUGUCUCAUCAAACCUGGCAUUGCAGUGGAAAGUGAUUUUCUGAAAGACCCUUUGGGUGAAGCUAGUGUCACACAUAUGCUUCCUCUCAGGUGUGCCCAAUAUGUGAGACAUGAAAAGAACCGAGAAUUGGAACAGGGAAAUGGUAAUUGGACAUCAGUGAUCAAAGAUGCUUUAGAGAUGAGUAAUGGAAUGGAAAUGGAACAGACUUUAUCCAUGGAUGAAUGUGGCCCCCUAAUGCACUAUAACCCUAUAUAUAAAGGACCUGAAACUGAGGCAAAUUUUAGAUUAAAGGACCACUUUAAUCUUCAAAUUGCAGGAUCCAAACUAAAUGAGAAGCAGGAUGGGCAAGAAGUCAAAGAAGAACCGGAUUCCUUUAUUUCAAUGUUGUCAGAUGAUAUCAAUAAAAAUAAAGAUGUUCUGGAAAUGGGGAAACAUGAGGAGGCAAGCAUAUUAGAUGUUGGAUCAUCUCUGGGAAAAGAGGAACUUGGAAUUACUGGAAUCAGAGAACAAGAGCCAGUGUUAUUACCAGGAUUUACCAGGAGCUCAUACACUCCUUUUUCUUCAUCGGAAAGUCUUACAAGAAGUGAACCGUGUCCAGGUAUUCCUUCGGCAACUGCCAGCACAAAUACUGGCUUCAAAUACGUAAAAGUAAACAAUGAAACUGUUCCUGAAAGUUUUACUGUAUAUGGGCUUCAUCAUCUUGAUCUUCAAAAGGGCUGUCACCAAGCAGAGAUUACAGAUGGAAAAACUUCAGUUAAUUCUCAAGAUCAUUCCUCACAGCAUAAUGUGCAAGAUGAGGGGGUAAAGACAAGCAAUCCGCAUGUCUCUGUAAGUACAGUAAUAAAACAAAGUGAUGCAUAUCUACCCAACACUCAAUACUUUGGAAGUAAACCUAAAAAGCAAGUUCAUGAUCGUGUACCCACUCCAGCCUCAGUGGGAAGUGAAAUCACAGCUGUGGUUAAAUGUGAAAACGUAGAACUGCGGAUCCCAGCAGAAGAAAGGAUCUCUGAAAGCAGUGUAUCUGUGCCAGGAAAAAAUGAAACUAAUGAUUUUCAGGAGACAUCUAUUAGCACAAAAUAUGCUAAACUCAGUCUAAAGGUGGAAACAAAACUUGCCCCUGAAAUUCAUAACUCCUCUUCAGGAUCAGAGACAGUUCCAAAUCUACCUGUUUUACCCAUCAUGAUUCGCACAGAUUAUAAAUGUAAAGACGCCCGGACUGAACUAUCCAAAAGCGGCAAAUUAAAUGAGCUUUGUUUUCAAGAGAACAAUUCCAAAAACGUGGCACUCACAAUUCCCUCAACUUCUGCGUUUACUGAAAGAAAUAAAGAUGAAUGUGAUAUUCACGUCCAACAGAAACAAACCCCAACAAGUCUAAGUACGGUUCCUCUGCCUUUUAACGAAAAUUUGAAAAACUCUGAAAGAAGUGAAAAGGUAUUUCUCAACAUUACAUCAGAAAGCAGUAUUCCUCCAUCUACUGAGAAUGUUCAGGAAGCUCCACCUUCUCCCACAUCAAGGACUGACUGCUCCUCUCAGCAUAACCUACAGAAAGCAUCGCAAAGGCAUAAGAAAGCAAGAAAAAGAAAAAAAACUGAGCUUGAAGCAUUAAGUGGACUGAUUCACAAAUCUAAUAAAACAUUAGAGAGUGUUGACAAACUAGACACAAUAAGAUACGAGGAAGCAAAUCGAAAUGUUUCAUUGGCUGAUAAUGACAGCACUGCACCGAAAGAGGAGGACUUAAUUGCAAAUGGUGAUGUAAACCCACCUGCACCUAGGAAAAAAUGUCGAAUGGCACAACUUGAGCUAGUGGCAGAUACAGCAGAGACCCCACAAAAACCAGAUCAUAGCUGCUCUGAAGCCUCACAGGAAGAAGUAACAUUAAACUCUAGGAUUAACAGGAAGGCUAUUUCUAGAAAGAAACUGAAGAAAAAAACAAGGUUAAAGGCAAAAAACUCUGCUACUCUUAGUUUGUCUCAAAGCACUGUCUUGUCCCCAGAAGAGGACUGUACAUCACACUUUCAGGUCAGUGACACCACUCCGAUGAAAGGAGUCAGUAAUCCAACAGUAACCCAACACGCCAUCUCUAGUUUAGAGUCCAGUCCAGAAAAAUUACAAAAAUCCAGAAAAAAGUACAAAGCAAACACUACAAAGCAAAGAUGAUCCGCAUAAAGAUGUUCCCACAACAUUUUCAGAACCCAAGGAAGAAUUAGUGGACAUCAGAAGGCAUCUGAAGGUGAGGAGAUUUACUAUAAAAGCUUCUGAAGGAAAAAAUAAGAAGGCAACUAGUCUGCUGAAUAGACAGUCUUCACUAGAGGGUCAAACUGAUUCUGUUUCAACCUCUGUGACUGGAUCUUCAAACAUUAUAAGCCCUCAGAAUAGCCCUAAUAAAUCAAAGCAGAAGAAAAGAGCAUGUAUCCACAAAGCAGCAAAAACACCCAAUGUGUGCCCACAAGAGGAUAUGGAAAACAUGAUGACUUCCAAAACAAAAACUGUGAAAGCAAAAAGACCUCUGAAAAAGGUAGAUAGAAAAGAUAACAAUGAAACUACUCUUUUGGACACCCAGUCUUCUAUAGCCUCUGUUAAGCAAACGGAUUCUGUUUCAAAUGUAGGAAAUGAAGUCGAGUCUCCUGUUAUUCUCAGCACACCAAGAAAGUCACAGAAAAAGAAAUUGUCAGAUAUGUGUGUUUUGAAUCCACUCUCAGAAACUGAUGUCAGCAUUGUGCAACCAACUGCAAAAAGAUUCAGAACAAAAAAAACACUUGACAAAAAAGAUUCUCAUAACCCAGUCGGUGGGAACUGUGAACCUGCUCAUUUGACUCUUCCCUCCGUUGAUUCUGUGUAUGCUACAGAAACUGACUAUUCAGGUAUCAGCCAACAGAGCACUGAAAAGACAUCAAAUAAGAGGAGAAAGACAGACAUCAAGUUUAUAGAGGCACAAACAUCUACUACUAGCCAACAAGACAACGUCACUUUACCACCCUCAGAAGAUUUUUCAUCUGUUGUGGUUUCAAAUCCAGGAGAGACUGUGAAAGCCAAAGGAAUUUCUAAAAACAAAUCAAAUGACAACCACCUAAAUGGUAAUUUGGUUGAAGAAGCAUCUUUAUUAGCAACUGUGACACAAGAAAGUUCUAUUUUACCUGGAAAGGUUGACUCUUCAAGCAGUUUUAGACUAAGCAGCACACUGAAAAAGCCAAGAAAAAAGACUUUAACCAAAACCAAAAAUGAGGCAGCAGAAAUACUUAGUGUAAACCAGCAUGAAGAUCUGGAUGCAGUACCCUCAAAAUCUGGUGCAAACAUAGAAGCCACCAGUUCACAAAUGAUUUUAAAAGAAAAAAGAACUGUGGAAAAGGCAAUUAGACAAGAAGUGAAGGAUGACCAUGCAGUUGCUCUUUUCAAAAUGCAGGCUUCUACACUCACUCAAAAGAAGACAAAAGUGAAGAGGAAAAGACAGUCCAAAAAGGCCAGAACACACAUUAACCAAGCAAUCAGCAAUAUUAGAGAAAAGUCUACAGUGCAGCAAGAAAAUUCAGUUUCAAACAGAAGGACAAAUUCAAGGUCAGAAGACAUGACAAUGAAAUGUAUGAAAAAGAGAACAUUAGCACUAAAUGUCAGAAAUGAUCAACCAGAAUACCAUGUUGAACAUUCUAUGGUUUUGUCACCAUUUCUGCUUCCACCAAUAUCUCGCCAGAGUAAGGAUGCAACACAA